UUUAGUAGUCGACUGCUGCUGCCGGGUCGUGGAACAGUUACACACAGCACCAGCAGCCAAACUUGUUGUUGUCAUUCCAAAGUCCAAACUGAAUGCUGUCCAUUUCAUUUGGCAUUUGUGUAUACAUUUCGUUCGGGAAUUAGUUUAACCCCCCUUUUUUUUGUUUUGUUGUUGUUGUUGUUGUCAAAAAGGUAAAAGGUGCGCCCAAUACCAAAAGACUUUGGUGUGUUUCAUGUCAAUUUCAAGAUGACGGACGACGUUACUGGGCCCAAUUUAAGUGGAUGCCGGAUUCCUCGAGUGAAAUUCGACGUCGCAUCCAUCAAUUGGAUUCUGGGAGAUCCGUGACGGCUUCAGCCGAAUUACGCAGUGCGCUGGCCCAGCAGUAGACUGACAUAGAACUAGCAGCCGAAUGUAACACAGCACGACAGACGAGGAUGGCCAUUUUCGCCAAUUCCAGCACAAGCGCCGGCGGCAGCGGCGACACUUCCGCCAAUUUCUCUGCCGGGGCCGUUCUCUUGCGAUUCAUCCUGGAUCUGGUCAAAGAACAGCGCCAUCAAAGUGAAACUUUGAUCGGUCGUGAUCAAGUCAUUGCGACCAACACUUCCGCAACUCCAGAUUUCGACCAGGAAUGGAUGGCCCAGCAUUUGCUGAUGCCCAUCUGGGCCUACCAGUUGGCCGCCGCCUAUCUGAUCUUCAUCAGCGUCCUCGGUCUCUUCAUGAACAUUGUCGUCGUCCUCGUCAUCGUCAACGACCCUCAGAAGUCGCCGCUGAAUUGGAUGUUGCUCAACUUGGCCUGUUCCGACGGAAUGAUUGCCGGAUUUGGGACGCCCAUCUCGGCAGCUGCUGCUCUGCAAUAUAAUUGGCCCUUUAGCGAUGAAUUGUGCGUCGCCUACGCCAUGAUCAUGUCCACUGCAGGAAUCGGAUCGAUUACGACAUUGACGGCACUGGCCUUGUGGCGAUGUCAACUGGUCGUGUACUGCCCAGCCAACCGGAGCGGGGCGUUCGCCAAUCACCACAGCGGCGGCGGCGGCGGCAGCGCCAAACUGGGCCGGGUUCAGGCCGCCGUUUUGCUGACUCUCAUCUGGUCCUAUGCGUUGGCCGUCACUUGCCCGCCGCUGUUCGGCUGGGGACGCUACGACCGAGAAGCCGCCCACAUCAGUGAAGUUGACGGAACCGACUGA